AUGCCAAGAUUUCCUCACGUGACAACGCUUAUCCCGCCACGCUGUUCCCUAAUCGGCAGGCUGCUUGCUGUUGCCCCCACCCCCAGCCAGCCUAAGCCAUUUUUUGCUUCACGUUCUCCUCUCGUCGUGCCCAGCCAACCAAGCUGCUAUAUACGAGUCGGCCCUAAGCGAGAGGAGUGUUCUGUAUAUAUCUUCUAUGCGACAGGACCGGGCGGAGGAGAUAUGGUCGAGAAGAUCACCAUCGAGAAUCUGCGGAAAGAUGCCCUCAACGCUGUUUGCGACGAGCGGAAAUCUAUUAUAAUCUCAAGGAAACGAAAACUACAAGAGCUCUACGCAGUAUGUCGUCACGUCGAGCGCUCAAAGGAAUUCCCCAAUGCCGAUAUUAUGGCGGCCUGGGGAACAGUAGAAGACUAUGGCGCAGCAAACAUGGAGGACGCCGAAAAGCGCUUCCUCGAAGAGAAUGAUAUUGAGAAAGGUAGGUUAUUUAAAGAGUCUACUUUACCACAACAUUCUUCGUACCUUCCCGAGCCCGGUGGACUUCCAAAGGCAACUCCUACUCGUGGACUGUCACACCCAUCCGUAUCCCCCGGAACAUCAACCCCGCCAAAAUCCACAGCGCAGACUUCAAUACACCUUCCUUCAACGGCUGUUAAACAGCCAAAAGCCCGACCAGAGUCUACAAAUUCGCCUGAGUUACCUGUUGAGAAGAGGCAACGUCGUGAUCCUAACGAUGAAUCAGUACGACAUGAGUCAAGUGUUGAGCUACCGGCGUUGAAUGGGAAUAGAACAGAUGGAGAUUCGACUAUGGAAGAGGAAUCAGCACAACCUUUAGACCAAGAUCAUCCUCAUAGAGCUUCCUCAAGCAAACCUUCUCCAGCUGUUGAUGAUUCUCGAUCGGAACCUUUGGCACCAAUAUUCAAUCUUGGAGGUGUCCCGGUGAUCCAAGAGACUACAACUAAGGUACCUGAUGAGAAGGAAGAAGCUUUGGGUGUUCGUCCGCCGCCAAUACCAAAGGCGCUCACAGAACGGUCAGGGGAGGAUGUUGCCAUGCAAGAUACCGCACCUUCUGAUAAACCACUCACCGCAUCAGCCGAAACUAUUCGGGAUCUCGAGAAACUCAAAGAAGUAUCGCCAUUACAGAAGUCCACUGAAACAGAAGUUCUUAGCUCUCAAGAAUCAUCUGUAGUGCCAGCCACCCCGCCCAUUCGACCCAUAGCCAAGGUAUUUGAACACAGAGAGGAAGCUCGUCUGCCUGCUCAUCCAUCUCAGCUUCAACAGCUUCCACCUCAUGCCCCACUUGUCGUGUUAACUGGACAACACAACCGACCUUACCCGAUAGCUUUUGCCUCACCAGAAAAAGAAGGAUCGGCACACCCAGAGGUAUCUUCUCCCACCUCGUCUGUAGAUGGAGGGGAUGGAUUCGGAACACCGGGAAAUGCUGCAUUAUCUUCUGCAACAAGCCCGGAUGCAAGUCACAUGGCCUUAGAAAGUCAGAGCUCCGGAACAGACAAGAAAGAUACUCGAGAAGUAGUUACCGAGAAUGGUGGUGACAGAAUUGCGUCUGUUUCGUCAUCACAGGCAGAGGAGGAUGAGAAAGCUGGUGUCGUGGUGGAGAAGGAACCAGAAUGCUGUAGCGACCGACCGGAUGCCGUUUUGCCUUCGGUUUCGAUGGCCGAAGAGGUUGUGGGGACGGAAGUGGAUACUGAGCCAACGCUUCCGACAAUUCCACCGCGAGAAAUUCCGGUAGAAGAGAGGGGUCUGCAAGAGCAAGAAAACAAGGAAAUAUCUUCUCUACCUAAUGCACACUGUGAGGAUGGAGUGGAGGAUCAGCAGGCUACAAAUCCACUAACACAGGAAGCCCCAGUAGUACCUGUAAAGGACAAAGAGCCAACCACUCCAAUAACUUCGAAACCUAUGGAGUCUAUCGUUGCAGUUUCCUUAGCUGGUCAGCAGUCCCCCGAUCCUUCUGCGCAAUUGAGGUUAGAACAUCAACUAGCAAAUGGCGAACCUAUCGUCCUAUCUACUGUUACCACACAUAAGGUCACCUCAUUUAACAAUGAGAUCAAAGCUGCACCGGAGCUGGUGAUGUCCCAUGCGCACGAUGAGGAGGACGACGAAGACCAAGUACAGCUUGUGGGCAGUCGAGAACCAGAGCCUGUUUCUGUACGAAGGAAGGCUCCAGCAGAGCCCCCAGCCCAGCCUAAAGAGGAAAUAGUUGAGGCUUUGGAGGAGACUGUUAAGGAGGUACUCUCAACACAAGAGAAGGAAGUACCUAUUCAUAUACCCUCCCCGGAACCAGAAGUACAAGCACCUAUUGAGGUUAAACAAAAGACACCAGAACCUGUAGAGGUGAGGGUGGAAACGGAAAUCAAAGAGGACAAAGAAGGAGAAGAGGGGGAAGAAGUAGAAGAGGAGGAGGAGGAGGAAGAAGAGGAGGAGGAGGAGGAGGAGGAGGAGGAGGAGGAGGAGGGUGAUGUGGAAAUGGGAGAAGCUGAGCAUAAUGAUCCCGAAGCGAUCUCCGUUCCCUACCAGCCUAGCCCCGAGCCAGAACCGGAAGGCGAUGAUGAGCUCGACGAUGAGCCCUUGAAGAGAGACGAGAUACCUGAGGAAGAUGAGCGAAUGGAAAUUGCAGAAGAGAAGGCGCCGGAAAUGCCCCUAGAUCCAUCACCAAUUCCAGCUACGACUGAAGGGUCAAAUGCUUCGGCAGCUGAGUCCGCAGAGAAACCAGAUUUUGUCCAAUCUACUCCAGUUACUGACGCAAACGCUAUGGAUAUCAACCUUCCAACUCCCGAUGCGACUCGAGCUUCAGUACCCGCCUCGACUAAGUCCGUUUCUCCACCACGGCCGAAACCAUCAAAGACAAUAGGCCGGAAUAAGCAAAGAGAGAAAUCGCGGGCAAAACUACACAAAGUCGUGAUUUCGUCUGCACACUAUGCGGCAGCGGCCGCAGAAGCAGAGGCCCAACGAUUGCGUGAGGAUCAGGAAAAUCAGGGCAUGAUAGUCGUUGCACGUCGUCGCGAUCAAGCAGCAGCAGCAAGAGGAAGAAACGGGGACAAGAAGAAAAACCUGGAAAUGUUCGAUGUGCUGUAUACUGUGAAAUCGGCUCACACCUCUGCAAAGGAACUCAUUAGUAGAGCUAAUAAGACUGUGAGCACGAGCAACCAUCAAGUGCAUUACUUCGAGUCUCAGGCCGCGAGGAUUUUGGAAAUGAUCCAGAAGAAUCAAGAUAUGGGCAUCUCUAGCUUGAGGCAGAUUGCGAGAGCAAGGGAGCCUAAGAGGAGGAAAUGCCAUUGGGAUUAUCUCAUUGAGGAAGCAAAGUGGUUGAGAGAAGAUUUUAGGGAAGAGAGAAAGUGGAAAAUUGCGGUCGCCAAGCAGGUUGCAGAUUGGUGUGUGGAAUGGCACGAAAUAGGCGAAGAUAAGCAAGAGUUAGUUGUGGAUAAACGGAAAUGGGGAGUAGUUCCGAAGGGGGCAAGAGAUGAGAAGAAAAAGAUAGCUAGUGGAGGCGAUGUGGAAAUGGGAGGCGCAGGGUCCUUUUCAGAAUUAAACCAGCCCACCCCGGAGUUGGUUGUUGGGGGUGCGACUCCAGACGACGAGGGAAGCGAAGAUUAUUUUCCGAACGGAAUCGAGCAGAGUGGGGGUGUGGGAUGGGGAAUACCAGACUUUUUUGGGUAUCUUCAAGAUCCGCCACCAGCUGCACUAUUCGCCCUUUCGCCCGAUGAGACUAUAUUUGGGGUUGCACCAACUAAGGCCGCAGAGGACAUGCUGGGGCAAUUACCACUAUUUGCACCCCCAAAACCACCGAAUGUUGAGAGUCGAAGAUUUGAGCAUGUUGACGAAGAGUGGAUGACACCUAUCAUUCCAGUGACUAAGUACUGCACGGGUAAGUUGACGUUGAAACAAGAGGAAGAGGGUCCUCCCCGGAAGAAAAGCCGUUACGAAUAUGAUGAGAACUAUGAGCUAUUCGCCGAUGACUCAGACGAAGACGAUAUUACCAGUGGUGGUCCUUAUGGACAACACGGCAAGCGAGAAAAAGACAAGACAAGAAAGCCUGUCCCGUUGCCUCCAGAGCAGACAGAUGUUGCGCUGUUUAACCCUGGUUCCAAGGCUCUUCUCUCAAGAAUACACAAUGCUCACCUAUUCCGACCGCCAAGUGAUCUGCCUCCUCAAGCAUUCUUUGAAUCUCGUUUACCAAGCUUAUGGACUUCCGCUGAAGAUGACAUGCUUAAACAACUGGCAAGAGAUUAUCAUCACAACUGGGCUCUUGUGUCAACUUGCAUGCAACUAGAAGGGACAUGGCAUUCGGGAUCAGAAAGGAGGAGUCCGUGGGAGUGCUUCGAGAGGUGGAUUGGAUUAGAACCGGUGUCACCAGAUUUCAUGAAAAGUCCAUACUAUAAACCUGUUCAACAACGACUCGAUAUUGCGGCAAGAGUUGGUGGCAUAUAUGUUGCUAACCCAGGCAGUGUUGGUGGUAAUAAUCCUAAUGGAAUAACAAAGAGACGGGGGACAGUGCCCGUCAAAGUUGAGAAGAGACGGGUAACGAAGUACUUCAAUAUCUUUGAAGCCAUGAGGAAGUUGGCGAAGAAGAGAGAGACAAGUAUCAGCAAACAACAGAGUGGAAGAGCUGCGCAAAUGGCUGCGAUGAGGAAGGCACAAGAUCCUGCAAGCACUACAUCCACCCAGAGGACUCCAGCAUUCUUCAGCAACUUGAAAUACGACCGUGAGCAGAAACAACUAGAACACAAAGCGUUGUAUGCAGCUCAAUUACAGAUGCAACAAGCAGGUAGAAACCCACAAGGACAGCCACUCCCCGCCCAGGCCGGUAGACUUCAUCCAGCACAACAACAAGCUCUUGCAAAUGGAGUCCCUGUUCCUGGACAAAGGGUGCCCCAAGCUGCUAUGCCGAAUGGUCUUCCUGCGGGUGUCAGAGCCCAACCAGGUGUCAUUCCGAAUGGGAGUGUUCCUGUAGGUAUGAACGGUAUACCGAUGGGAGCUCGUGUACACCCCCAAACGCAAAUGCGGGCUCCUAUGACUGCCGAACAAAUAGCGCAACUUCGGACUCUUCACCUGAAGCAGCAGCAGCAGCAGGCAGCCGCCCAGGGCCAGUCUUAUUCUCAAGCGGGGAUGCAAGGAUUUCCGGCUGGUGCUGUUGGAAGCCGAGAUCCAGCCGCAGUGAAAGCUAUGAUACAGCAAGCGCAACAGGCGGCACUAGGAGGCCAAAGACCGGCAAACGCAGCCAACGGCCAGGCGGGCUCUCCUAGAAUGCAAAAUCAGCAACCACUUAAUCCCCAGCAACAACAAGCGCCGGCAGGCAGAGGACAAUUUCAGCUAACAGCGGCGGAAAUGACAGCUCUUGUACAGCAUCAGCACCCUCACCUCCCUCCAUCGGAAAUUGCUAAGGCCACCCAACAACAUCUCGCUAACUAUCAUCACCAAAUGAGACAAACAAUGACCGUGUCGGCAAAUGGAAACGGGCAAGGUAUACCGAACAUGGCAUCAUCUCCGCCUACUUCACAGCUUAUAGCACGCGCACAACAGCAACAGGCCGCAAGGGCUGCAGCUGCCAAUACUGGGCCAAUGAUCGGUGCGAAUGGUCCUGUCGGGCCGGGGGCAAAUGUUGCGAGUAGAAGUGCUACACCACAGCAACAGCGUUCGACAAGCGUACAGAGUCCUAUGAGUGUGCAGCAAAGCCCAAGGCUGGGACAGGCAAUGUUAGCUGGACAGCAGCAGCAGCAGCAGCAGCAGCAACAGCAACAGCAACAGCAACAUCAGCAACAGCAACAGCAGUAA